UCGCAUGUUACAUUGUCCGUUCUUCACCCUUCCAUGGCAAACGCUUUAAUUAGAUUAUUCAAAAUAACAAAUUUUACUCUUUCUUUUUUUUUUCCGUUUUUUGAUUGAAUUAAUUAAUGAAUUUUAUUGUUUUUUUUUAAGUUUUGAUUUCUCUUUUUAAUUCUUCUCUUCGUCUUCUUAUUAGUUCGUUGGCUGUAGAAGAAGAAUGCUUUUGUUACCUACUCUCCUUUUGUAGCUUCUCUACUUCUUCUUCUCUCUUUCUUUGUGAGAGAUAACUCCAAAAAAGCUUUUUGUAUUGAAGAUGGAGAGAUACAAGUGUAGGUUUUGCUUCAAGAGCUUCCUCAAUGGAAGAGCCUUAGGUGGUCACAUGAGAUCUCACAUGCUUACUCUCCCUUCAAAACGUGAGCUUUAUGAAUUAACUGAACGGCCGAGUCAACUCAGUGAGGAGACAGAGUCCGAUGCUUCUUCUUCAUCUGAUGAGGAAGAAGAAGAAGAUCAUGUGAAUUGCGGUGAGUUCGAAAGCGAGACCGAGUCCUCAAGGAUGAACCCAACUCGGAAACGUUCCAAGCGAACUAGGAAGCUCGGAUCGUUCGAUUUCGACGACUUCAAGAAGGUGAGAACGAGUCAACCAGGUGGUGAGGUGGUGACAGAGACGGAACAUCACAGCUCAGCUUCUGACACAACGACGGAGGAAGAUCUCGCCUUUUGUCUCAUUAUGCUCUCGAGAGACAAGUGGAAGCAGCAGAAGAACAAGACGACUGUAGUAGAAGAAGAAGAUCAUGAGACAGAUGAUGAACGUGAAGAUUACAAAUCGAGCAAGAACAGAGGAGGAAGAGGGAGAUUCAAGUGCGAGACUUGUGGUAAAGUGUUCAAUUCGUAUCAAGCAUUAGGAGGGCACAGAGCAAGCCACAAAAAGAACAAGACUUUCACAGCAAUGACGUCGACGAAAACAGAGCAUGAGAAAACACUAACAGAGGGCGAGAAAGUUCAUCAAUGUCCGAUCUGUUUUAGGGUUUUCACUUCAGGACAAGCACUUGGUGGUCAUAAGAGGUCUCACGGAAGCAACAACGUCGGAUCAAGAAGAGAAUUGUCUGUAAAUCAAAGUGUUCGAAGCAUUAAAGAAGAAGAAGAAGAAGAAGUAUCAGUGAAACAGAGGAUGAUAGAUCUUAAUCUUCCUGCACCAAACGAAGAUGAUGAAACCUCUGUCGUGUUCAAUGAAUGGUGAAAACGAAAGGUAACAGCUUUGCGUGAUACGAGUUGUCAAUUUUUUUUUCUAAAAAAAAUAUUAUUAUUCGGUUAUUAUUAUUCUUUUUGGUUGAUCAACUCUGAAAACAAUUUUAUUUGUUUUUGUUAUUAAGACUACUAUGUUUAACUGCAAAAGAGGCUACUUUUACA